AAUCUACCCGGUCACCUUCAUCCUCCUGCUGGCCGCGUUUGAAUUUGGGGGACGCUGAUGCCUUUGCACAUGAAGCCUUAACCAACCGCCGACUUGUUUUUAUCCCUUUUCAUUCAAAACAGCAAUGUCGAUGAUAGAUCAACUUUAAUGCCCUCACCAUGUUGCUCUUGGGAAUUUGGUGGUGAGGCAGCGUCGGCAGACCUCCCGAUAAGUGGAAGAGAUCCUGACAAAACGACUACAGGGGGUUAGGAAGGAAGUUGAGAAGCUGGACCCCAAGGCAUUCUACAAGUAUGUGAAGAGCAAGAGGAUAAGACGUGAAAAAAUAGGACCUAUCAAAUGUGACAGUGGGGAAAGUGUGUAUGGAACCGGAGGAAAUAGCAGAGACUUGCCUGCAGUAGUCAAUCGGAAAGGCUGGAGAAGUCAACUGGAUCUCAAAAUGAAUCUGAGCGUGGACCUGACAGAUAAAGCAGAGAAUGUUACUUGGGAGCUGAGCCGAGCAAUUGAACAGGGGGACAAAGAAACUGCAAUGAAGUGUGCGGAGAUCCUGGCUGAGCAACGUGUGCCCAUCAGCGUCCAACUCAACAAAUCUGCAUACCAACAGCAAGAAAUUAGGUUGAGAGUUGGUGUGGAAGACUCGUGGACGAGUGGUACAACCAUCACGAUGAAAGUGUUUCCUUACACGACUAUUGCAAUGCUGAAGGCAAAGAUGCAUAAAGACUACAGUUUCAGUCCUAAACUGCAACAGUGGAUCAUUGCACAGCGCCUGGCGAAGGACCACGAAACUCUCUCCUCCCAUGGCAUUAAAAAGGACGGGGAUACGGCCUACCUGUACCUCUUAUCAGCCAAGCAGGUCACACAGAAUGACCCUGUGCUGCUUCCAGCAGAAGCACCGCUGCUGGUUACUGAUGAACCAAGACGAAAUAAGGAGCAGCUUCUCCCAGUGUUGGAAGCACGUGGCACCAGAGCACCAUUGAAUGAAGGACAGUGUUUGGCAAAAGCAGUGCCUCAGAUUGGCUGGGAGUGUCCAGGAUGCACAUAUGUCAAUAAACCAACUCGUCCGGGGUGCGAGAUGUGCAGCACGGCCAGGCCGGAUGACUACCAGGUUCCCAACACCUACAAACCUGAUCAGGAAGAACUGCAGAGGAUGAAAGAGGAAGAAGCAGCUUUCGAACAAUAUGAAAAAUCGAUGGUUCUCGAGCGGCAGAAGAAUUACCAGCAGAUGUUGGAAACAGAUGAUCAGAACCUGGUCUCAGCAAGUGAGGAGUUUGAUUGCCCAAUUUGUUACACUUCGUUGGAGCACGGGGAGGGAGUUACUCUUCGAGAGUGCCUGCAUUCCUUCUGCAAAGACUGCCUGAAAGGAACGAUCUUGAACAGCAUGGAGGCUGACGUGGCGUGUCCAUUUAUGAACGAGUAUUAUUCUUGCGAUAGCAAGAUCCUUGAACGCGAGAUAAAAUACCUCCUAUCAGCGGAGGAGUAUCGCAUCUACCUCGACAAAAGCUUAGCGAUUGCCGAGAACAGCAGUGAGAACAGUUACCACUGCAAAACCCCUGACUGCAGGGGCUGGUGUAUCUAUGAAGACGACGUCAAUGAAUUUCACUGCCCCCUCUGUAUGAAAAACAACUGCCUGGUCUGCAAGGCUAUACAUGAAGGGGUAAAUUGCAAGGAAUACCAAGACGACCUCAAAAUUCAAGCUGAAGUUAAUGAAGCUGCAAAACAAACUGCGCAGAUGCUCAAGAGACUUCUGGAUCAGGGGGAGGCUAUGAAUUGUCCUAAAUGCAAAAUUAUACUGCAGAAGAAGGAUGGAUGUGACUGGAUACGCUGCAGUAUGUGCAAAACAGAAAUCUGCUGGGUGACGAAAGGACCUCGCUGGGGACCUCUGGGGAGUGGUGACAACAGUGGAGGAUGCCGUUGCCGUGUCAAUGGUGUACCAUGUCAUCCCAAAUGUCAGAACUGCCACUGAUCCCCUGUGUACUAAAUGCAACACCAGUGUACUUGAGACUAGAUUCUGCUGGACACGUAU